CGUGGUGCAGCGUGCCACGAGUUGCCUGCCGUGCAGGGGGAUCAUGUCCCUGUCCAACCCCCUAUCCCAUGGGUUGUUGAAGGACCUUGGCAAACUCUCGGAGUUGAAACAACGAGGACUGAUUCUUGACCGUCACUUCGAGACGAUAAAGGCACAUGUGAAGGCGGGCAACUCCGUUGCGAAGGAGCGAUGGGACGCAAUCGAGAACGCAUGGGGGCUGAAGCAGACGGGUGUCUUCAACGAAGAAGAGUGGAUCACGCAGAUUGAUGGAGAGGCCCAGGGUAUUACCAGCAGCACCCGUCCGUCGUUUUUAACGCCACAAGAUGCGGGCGGCGCGCGAGGUGCACCGUCUUCGCACCCACCGCCUGCUACUGCUGCGGCUGCCGGGACGAGAAAGGUCGCAGAUCGGUGGAAGCAAGCCAGGGAUCGAGCNACCAGCAGCACCCGUCCGUCGUUUUUAACGCCACAAGAUGCGGGCGGCGCGCGAGGUGCACCGUCUUCGCACCCACCGCCUGCUACUGCUGCGGCUGCCGGGAAGAGAAAGGUCGCAGAUCGGGGGAAGCAAGCCAGGGAUCGAGCUGCCCAAGGUGUUCUAGGUGGCAACAUCAUCAACGCGUUCGCUCGUGGCAGCGGAAAACCGGUCCACAGCUCGUUGAAUCACCUGCACCUCAAUUCCGCCCUUCUCNCACCUCCGGCCCCGGAGCGGCGCAUACCGUGCCCUCACUGUCCCAUGACCUUCGUGAACGAGCAAGGACUUGGGAUCCACGUGAAAACACAGCACAGCAAUGCAAACAUGUCCAACGGCGUGCGGCUGCAGCGGAUGCUAGGGAAGACUCCCAACGGGUAUGUUCAGCCGUAG